CAAAAGUACAGAUUUUCAUCUUUACGUUUUGUGUUGUGUGUGUUUAGAUUUUGAACUGCAAGUUUCCGUUCAAAAGGUGUUUCGAUAUGGCCGAUUUAAAUCCCUUUUCGAAAGUGUUACAGAAGCAUGCUGGUCGAGCUAAGGAGAGGCUUCUUCAGAAUUUGGGAAAGGCCGAUCGAACUACAGACGAAGAUUUUGAUCUCCAUGUUAAAAAUUUCUCUAAACAGCAGAAUGCUGUGAUGCGAUUACAUAAAGAGUUUAAGAAUUAUUAUAUGUGCCUUAGGGCUAUGCAAGCUGCAAGAAGGAGCUUGAUGGAUACCGUGUGUGAAUUGUAUGAACCUUGUUGGGAUGGUGUAGAGCAGUUUCUAAUCAAAACUGAGGUUUCUAACAAAAAUUUUGAAGAUUUUUGUGACAAAAUAAAUUGUGAACUUGUAGCUCCAGUUGGGUCUUAUCUAUUCCAACUUCCAGAAUAUAAUAAUAAAAUUAAUAAGCGGAAUCGAAAACUUUUGGAUUAUGAUAACUCUCGACACAAUCUUCAAAAUCUUGAAACUAUGAAAAAACGUGAAGAAACCAAAAUUGCCAAGGCCAAGGAACAAUUAGAAGAAGCUCGCAAUCAUUUUGAGGUGAUUAAUUCUGAGCUGCAUGAAGAACUGCCUGCUUUGUAUGAUAGCCGAGUGUCUUUCUUUGCAACUCAUCUGCAGAACCUCUUUCAAGCUGAAGCUGAUUUUCAUAGGCAGGAUGCAACAUUAUUUUUAGAAAUGGAUGGCAUUUUAGAUAAUUUGAAUCAAGCUUAUAAAAAAGGAGCUUUUGUUGAAAAACCUAAAUUAUGCAUUGAGUCACCAAAGAAUGGUGCAGAAUCGAAACUGCCUGAUCCUGAUUACUUUUUAUCAAAAGACAAUAAGGUAUCAGAAAAAAAGGGACAAGAAACUAAGGCUGAAGGGGAAAAAACGGAAGAUAAUAAAAUAGAAGAAAUGAAGGUAGAGGAAAGCAAAAUGCAAGAAAUUGAGGAUGCUUCUUCUAAUUCUGAAAGUAUUGCCUUUUCUACUCCUCCUACGACAGCAGAAAGAAAUAUGAAUUUGGAAAUGCUGUCAGAAAUAUCAGCAAGUGAAGAAAUAACUGAGGAAGAAAAAUCUGUUAAUAAAAAUGAAAUACCACCAGGAGUUAAUGUUUUAUAUCAAGUUCAGGGCACUUACAAAUAUACUGCUGAGGAUGUUGAUGAACUGUCAUUUAAUGUUGGUGAUAUAAUUAAUGUGGUUGCUUAUGAUGAUCCAGAGGAACAAGAAGAAGGAUGGCUUAUGGGUAUUUUUAAUGGAAAGAAAGGGUUAUUUCCUGCCAAUUUUACUACUCGUAUUUAAAUAAGUAGAGGUUUUUAAAUGUUAUUUGCAAUAUCUAUGCAAGUGUACAUUGUGAUAUUUUGAAAGCCAUUCCUUGUUUUACGGAUCUGUUGUAGCAAAAUAUCUAUACAAAUAUAUAUUAUUAGUUGUGCAUUGUAUGAGUCAGCUUUGUAUUUUUUUUUUUUUUUUUUGUGCUCUAAAUUUGUAUGUAGUUAUGUAUGAACUAUACUGUAUUGUAUUAUUUGAUAUUGUUUAUUUUGGAGUUUAAUGUCCACUGUGUGGAAAAAACUAUUUUGGUGUUUUAACCUUUGUCGUGUUCUGUUUAAUGAAGGCAAAUACGUGGAUAUAAUAGAUUAUAUUUUUCAUAUUAAUAAAGUAUCGUCCUUUUCUUCUUUGAAUUGUCUGUUAUUUGUGUAAUAAAAUUGUCGUCGAUGCAUAAUUGUUCUUUUGUUAUCUAUUGAUAUAAGGCAAGAUUGUAUUAAUAUAUGAUACAACUUGUAAACUUUAAUAUUUAUAGUUUAUUCUUGUUUUAAAUGAUGACUUAAAUGUGUGGGUCCAACUUCGUACUGAGCUCUAUAUUUGGACCAGCCAUAUUAUUUUUUGUAUCUAGAUUCCCUUAUUUAUAAUGAAGGGUUUUUCAAGAACCCAAAUUACCAUAAGCAUUGCCAUUUCAUCGUUAAUGAUACUCAUACAGGGUUUUUUUUUUUUUUUUUUCUUUCUUUUUGCAGCUAUCUUAUUCAUAAUAUUUAUUUCACAAGUAUUUUUUAUGUCAUCUAUCAUUUAAUAUGUUUACAUUUAUUUUUAUAGGAUUGGUAAAAGUUUAAAGGAUAUGCUGAUAUUUUUGGUAUGCGGAACAUCAAUUUUAUUGAUGUAAAGUAUUUUAUCUUGUUGAAAAUUAGUGCCUUAAACAGUGUGAUGACCUUUUCUGAUAAAAUUUCUUUGAAUUUAAUUAUUUUAACUCCAUUUUAGUGUGUAUUUUUCACUUGGACUUGUCUUUAUCAUUUGUACUUUCUCCUUCAAAUAUCAUUUGUACAAAACAAGUCAUAUAUAUAUAUGUAUGUAUAUCAUUUUGAAAUGGUUUUAUUUCUAUUGACUUUCCUUGUCUUAUGGAGUUGAUUUUGAAUAAUUUAAAAUUUUUAUAUGUAUCUGUAAUUAUUUUAAUGCCAUGCAUAAAGUCACUAUCUAUUAAUAUUAUUUUGUCCGCAUUGGCUGUUGAAGUUCAACAAUGUUCCUUAUUCCAACCUUUUUUAAAACUGUGUUCACUAAUGAAAAUGUCCUUUCAAAUGUUGAUUUUUAAUAAAAUUUUCUCUACAUGCUUAUUUUUGUUUCAAGCUAUAAUUUCUAAACUAAAUUUUAUUACAACUUAUUGGAUUUUUAAGUGAUGUGUUAUUGUAGCACAUUUAAGUACUUCUGGACAAAUGUAAAUUCUUCCAUAUU